CGACGGACUCAGUGCCUGACGUGAAGAUGGUCGCUCCAGGGCAUUUCCAAGGGCUUAAGAUGACUGAAGGAUUAAAAACCCGAUAGGCCUAGGGGCUCAGGAUGAGUAGUCAGGAUGAGACUGCAAGCCUACUGGUAGGCCAGCCCUCCUUGACAAGUGCCACCUCACCAGCCAACUGCUCCAAACCGGUGCUGAUGCGUCAAGAAUGCACCACAUUCUUGGUGUCGUCGCAUCAUCCGCAGCUGUCAGUAUUCUCCGACAGCGAAGAGGAUGGUUCCCUGUGUCUCGAAGAGAACAGCACGAGGUCGGUGCCGGAUAUAGAACUACACUGCAGACUAGACGUGAAAGGAUGCAAGCAAAACCUCUCAUCAAAUAUUCCAACGAGGAACAGGAGUUCAUCGAAUGCAUUUCAGCUUGCGCCUUACACGACGCGCGGCAUCCUAGAGCGACGCACCUCUCAAACACCCGCGUCCACCCUGAAGAUAGUCCGUUCAGUGUCGAGAGAGAGCAUCAGGUCCAUUCAUCACUGCACCUGUCCCUGUCUCAACGCACCGGUUUCGUGCAGUUCGUGUCCAGUAGCAACGCCAUCUGUAGUCACAACGUUGCCCGGUUCAAGAAUUAUCCGGCAAAGUUCCCAACCGGAGGCAUCAGCUCCGUGCUGUGGUUCGAACUGCGUGCACGGGGCGGCACCGUCCACCUCCCUCAGACAGCUAAGGGACCACUCGGAUGGCAUCGCUGGGAUCGCCGCCGAUUCCCUUCGUAUCAACGGCGCUAUGCGGAAUUUCCGGCAGGGCUCUGGUUUGCUGUCUUCUUCGCAGACCAUGGCGCAGGCGCGUAGAUCACGGCUCAAGCGCGCUCUUACAGAAGUUACCAGCGACACUGUAUCCUACGUGAAAACGCUCAGAAAGCCAGUGUCAACCCUAUCCAUCCCGGGGGCGGUGAAGAACUCCAGCCGGGACUCUGGGGGCGGCAGGAUGCAACAAGAGGAGCCCGCCAGUAUCGCGCUGGCGGGGCAUGUGGACUACCCCCGAUUCAUGGAGGACCGGGGGAUAGGCACGGGUUACAAAGGACCAUCUUCCGGGAGCCUCAAACACAAGCCCAACGUCGGCUACCGCCUGGGGAGGCGUAAAGCCCUGUUUGAAAAAAGGAAACGAAUUAGUGAUUAUGCCUUAGUUAUGGGGAUGUUCGGGAUUAUCGUUAUGGUUAUAGAAAAUGAACUUUCAAGUGCUGGCGUUUACCGCAAAGACGAAUUUUACUCAAUUGCGCUCAAAACUCUGAUAUCUGUUUCGACUGUGAUUCUCUUAGGCCUCAUUGUGGCCUACCACGCUUUAGAAGUACAGCUGUUCAUGAUAGACAACUGCGCCGACGACUGGCGCAUCGCGAUGACUUGGCAGAGGAUCUGCCAAAUCUCCAUGGAACUCAUAAUAUGUGCAGUGCAUCCAAUCCCGGGACAUUACCUUUUCGUGUGGACGACAAAGCUCGCCAACAAAAACGGCGGGAUCGGGAGAAAGUGUGUUCCGUACGACGUGCCCUUGUCUCUACCCAUGUUCCUCAGGCUUUACCUAAUCUGCAGAGUGAUGUUGUUGCAUAGUAAGUUGUUCACGGACGCUUCGUCGCGGAGCAUAGGUGCGCUCAAUAGGAUAAACUUUAACACGAGGUUCGUUUUAAAAACUUUAAUGACUAUCUGUCCGGGCACGGUACUACUUGUGUUCAUGGUCUCUCUCUGGAUCAUAGCCAGCUGGACGUUAAGGCAGUGCGAAAGGUUCCACGACGAAGAACAUGCGAACCUCCUUAACGCUAUGUGGCUGAUAGCGAUCACCUUUUUGAGCGUAGGCUUUGGUGAUAUCGUUCCCAAUACGUACUGUGGAAGGGGCAUAGCGGUCAGCACUGGUAUUAUGGGAGCUGGUUGUACAGCCUUAUUAGUAGCAGUAGUAUCAAGAAAAUUAGAAUUAACAAGAGCAGAAAAACAUGUACAUAAUUUCAUGAUGGACACGCAGCUAACCAAACGGUUAAAAAAUGCAGCUGCGAACGUCUUACGGGAAACCUGGUUGAUUUACAAACAUACAAGGCUAGUGAAAAGAGUUAACCCAGGUAGAGUUCGAACUCACCAAAGAAAAUUUUUACUUGCUAUAUACGCGUUAAGGAAAGUUAAAAUGGACCAACGUAAAUUAAUGGACAACGCCAAUACUAUUACGGACAUGGCUAAGACCCAAAACACUGUUUAUGAAAUAGUGUCGGACAUGAGCACAAGACAGGACACUCUCGAAGACAGACUAACCACGAUGGAAGAUAAACUGGUAGCACUUCAGGAACAGCUAGACCUAUUACCGGAUUUGAUAGCUACCAGGAUACAGUCACAGGUUGAGAAGAUAGAGCAGAGGCGCAACUUUUUGCACCCGGAGUCAGCAGCGGGCCUCCAGCAGGCCCGUAGCGUGCCUCCCGGCUGUCCAUGGCCUGGUCCGGCUGCUUUGCCGCCCCUAGGGAAGUCGACGUUACCUUCUACGGCAGGACAAAGCUGA